GCAGAGUGCAGGAACUGGGAGAGAGGAGAAAAUGAAACUCUGCACAGUGCAGGAACAGAAACUCCGACAGGGAUUGGCUGCCUGGGGUAAGAUGUGGGGGGAUGUGUGAGUGAUGAUAAAAAGCCAGCCUUCAGCCAGAGAACCGUUUACUUGCCGCUGAGCCCAUCUAUCAGCAGGCUCCGGGCAGGAAGAUUGCUUCUCUUCUCUCCUCCAAGAAGGGAAAAUCACGGAGCUGAUGAGUUCCAAAAAGGCCCCGGGGCCCAUCUCCCUUUCGCCUGUUCCGAGGUCUAGCGACGGAGCCUGCGCGCGGCGCCACCAUGCGGCAGAAGGCGGUAUCGCUUUUCUUGUGCUACCUACUGCUCUUCACCUGCAGCGGAGUGGAGGCAGGGAAGAAUGAAGGUAAGGGAACAGGCAAGAAAAGGCGCUCGGAGAGCUCGGAAGACAGCGGCUCCGGGUUCUGGAAGGCCCUGACCUACAUGGCGGUCGGAGGAGGACUCGCGGUUGCCGGGCUGCCGGCGCUGGGCUUCACCGGCGCGGGCAUCGCGGCCAACUCGAUGGCUGCCUCGCUGAUGAGCUGGUCUGCGAUCAUGAACGGGGGCGGCGUGCCAGCCGGGGGUCUGGUGGCCACGCUGCAGAGCCUCGGGGCCGGUGGCAGCAGCAUCAUCAUGGGAAAGAUCGGUGCCCUGCUGGGCUACACUACCUACAAGUACAUAGAUAGCAAGGAGACAGAGGAUGAGGAGUAGCCAGCAGCUCCCAGGACCUCUUCCACCUUGCCCUAACUCUGCCAGUUAGUAUCUAGAACUUUCCCUAGAACUCAUGGAUGGGGUCUCACUAUGUUGUCCAGGCUAGAGUGCAGUGACUCUUCACAGAUGCAAUCAUAGCGCAUUGCAGCCUCCAACUCCUGGCCUCAAGUGAUCCUCCUGCCUCAACUUCCCAAGUAGGAUUACAAGCAUGUACUGACCACUCCCAGAAUCUAGAAUUUUCUCUGUCAGUCUCCCCAAAACCUAGAUGAGAAAACGGAAUAAAGUUAUCCCGGAAAACA